UCGCCUGUAGCAAAUGGAUUAAUUGACUCACAAAUGUUUUCAUCGUUCAUCAGCUGGAAAAAUUUGCUCUGAAAGUGUUUCCAGUGAUAUCGUUCCUCUGUGUCGUUAUAUCGUUAUAACUGUGCUGUGAACGUCCAAACUCUUUAUUGAAUCAGCACGAUUAUGUCAUUUAAACAUUAUAGGCUAGGCCUAUUUAUCUUUGCUGGUCUGAAUGGACCUUUUAGCGUUUCAGUCAUAGACAUUAUAAUAAACACUUUUUAUUAUAAUGUCUAUGGUUUCAGUUACCACAAAAGGCAGAAUGUCAAAUAAGCUUCGCGUUUGCUUGAGGUAAACAUGGCAACAGCUGCUCUCGCGACGCUCUCCAUCGUGCUUCGAAAGUCAUUAAAAUAAUAGUCAUUUAAAAAAAUAAUAAUAAUAAUUCGCAAAUUCUUUUAAAUUAUAGCACAACUAUUAAUAAAUUUAGCAUAUCAGACACAAACAUAGCCUACUGAAAAACGUUUUAAUUUACUUUAAUUGUUAUAAACAUAGGCUAAUUAUUGUAUUUUAUCCUAUCCCAUUUGAUCUUAAAAAUGAGUUUCACACUGGUUUAUUCACGCCCCUCUUCAGCUUGUCCGGUUUUUUUGGUUUUUUGGUUUGUUUGUUUUUUGGCUGAAGGCGCAGUUGAGGUCUGAGGAGAAAGAUCUGGCGAUCAGGAACUGCGGGAUGUGAACUGUUCAAAUUUACUUCAUUAGAUUUUAUGAGUUACUUCAUUAGAGGGCCGUUAUGCAGAAUUAACAUUCAUGUCGUGCAGAAGCGGAGCCAGCGUUUGGGGUGCACUGGAUGUUUUCAUUUAUUUAAAGCAGUCUCUCCAGACCUCUGUGUGCCGAAGUAGCGGAAGGCUCCUUGCGUUAUGAGGAGGAGGACACCUAACGUGUGAAGCGGGCUCGAGUAGCGCGAGAAAGCGGAAGAAAAGACAUGCAUUUCUAGACAGACUAAUAAUAGUUACAGCUUUCUAAAUGCGUCUUCUUAUCGAACAGCCAAGAACAAUGAGCAGUGGCUCUAGCAACUUUUUGCUAGUUCCCAUACCGGAGUACCCUGUACUAGACUGCGUGCCUAACAAAAACGUCAAAAUAGUUGUUCUUGGGGCAAGCAAUGUUGGAAAAACAGCUCUGAUUGUAAGAUUUCUUACUAAGAGAUUCAUUGGAGACUAUGAAGCCAACACAGGAGCCUUGUAUUCAAGGAAGAUUAAUUUGGAUGGGGAGCAAGUUUCUUUACAAGUGCAGGACACUCCAUGUGUCUCACUGCAGGAUGAUGCAGAGGGUCUUUACUGUCAGGAGCAGAUCAAUCGCUCCAUUUACUGGGCAGAUGGUUAUGUGUUCGUCUUCUCUAUCACUGACCUCAACAGCUACCGUACCAUCCAGCCUCUCUACCAACAUGUGCGCAGAAUCCAUCCCAGCGGCAACAUACCCGUCAUCAUCGUGGGAAACAAGAGCGACCUGCUGCGUGCCCGGCAGGUCCCGGAUCAUGAGGGUAAGGCGCUGGCUGAUGAAUUGGGAGGGCCCUACUUUGAGGCUUCGGCCAGGGAGAACCAUGAGAGCGUCCAGGCUGCUUUUCUGCACUUAUGUCAGGAGGUGAGCCGAGCGCUGGGAGGAGGAAAUGGGGAGAAGAGAAAAGGUGGGCUACACCUUGCCAGGCCAAAGAGCCCGAACAUGCAAGAGUUGAAGAGAAGGUUCCGACAAGUGCUGUCAUCCAAGGUCAAGUCAGCUACGGCACUAUGAUGAUGAACUGGUUGACGAAUGUGACCGCAGAGGAUUUAGAAAGUGUUAACAACAUACUGUUGCACAAGUGAUUGUGAAAUAUAAGGCAAAACAAUGAAACUUGCCAGUUGUUUUUGCAAGUUCUCAUAGAAGAUGAGUGGUGAUAUCACAGCCCUCUGGAAGCAUGGGACUCCUGGCACUGAACUCUAUAUCUAAUGGUUUUAAGGCCAUAAAGGCUGUUUUUGUUUCUUUGUUUUAGCUGCUAUCAUGCUAAUGUUUCCUGGUUUUCCAGGAUUAAAUGACUUUCUUAAAUUCAAUUCUUUAGUAAUGAUUUUCUUGUAUUAAAAAUGAAUUUCCUUAAUCUCUUCAAUGUGAAGCAAGGAUAAACUGAUUAUUUUUGACCAAGCCAUUUAUUAUACAGAAAGUAGAUAAAUAAAACAAACAUAUUGGAGGACCAUUUAUUGGAAACAUA